CCACCGUGACCCGGCCUCGGCUACGUUCCCUUCGUCAUCGCGCGCGACGACGCGGGCCCUCGCUACAGACUAAGCCAUGGCCAACUACGACGAGGACGACAUGUUCGGCGGCCCGAGCGACGGCGGCGGCAGCAAGUUCCUUUCUCCUGCCAAGAUGGCGACGCGCAGGUCGCCCUCGCGCCAGAGCCUGCGCCCGAAUGGCACGCGCUCGAGUGUGUCCCUACGCGGCGCAUCCUCGAGCCUCGCCGACGCGAUGGGUGGCGGCGUAGACGGAGCAGCAAGCGGCGGCAGCGGCCAGUUUUCGCUCGCGCACGAGCUCGCGGCGGCGCUCAUGCCCGAGCCCAGCGCCGGCUCGAAGCUGCUUGCGGAGGAGUUCGGGAUCGACUACGACGAGGGCGCGGAGGGCAUCGACGAGGAGCCGCCGAUCGAUGCAGCGCACGCACGCGACGCCGGCGCGGCCACGCCGCCGUCCGUGUCGGUGUCUAUGGACGACGUGUUCGGGGGCGGAGGGCCGUCGCGUGUCGAUCAAGAGAACGAACACGAACUACCGCCAACAUCUCCCUCCUUCGCAUCUGAACUAGGACUCGACGCGUCCCCCGACGCCUCGUUCGGUUCGCCAAGUCCAACACAGACCCCCUCCCGGCCACGGAACCGAAGACAUCAUCAUCAACAACCACAACAGGACCCGAUGUCGGUCCUCACCGCCGACCUAGCUUCUACCUCCGCCUUUCUCUCCGCGCUGCGCAUCCUCGAUGCCGGUUCCGACGCCCCCGCAGGCGCGCAUCAUACCCCUGCUUUAGAACGCGCUGCGGCGGGCAUGAUCCGGCACAUGGACGAGGCUGCCCGCGACCGCGAAGGCCAAGUCCGCUCAUUGUUCGAGUACGAGCGCGAGCUGCGCAAGAUCGGCGGCGAGAUCGGCGGAGAGGAGGUGCUCGCGCAGCUAGACGAGCUCGAGAUACUGGAGGGGCUCGACCUACCAUCAUCUUCGUCGGCGGCGACGGCGGAAGCGGCCCGGCCUCGCUCGCCCGUGGUGGAGAAGCUCCUGGCAUUGCAGGAGGAAGCCUCGCAAGAGUGGGAGACCGAACCGGACGAACACUCGUUGGACGACGCGCUGGACGCCGACUCGGACGCCGAGCCGUCCUCGCCCACAUCACCCCUCACCACCCUCAAAGAAGACCCGGUGCCUCCGGCGCCCCCGGUGACGGGCCCACCGACCGCCCGCACCGCGCUCCCCCACCUCGUGCACACGCGCACGCUCACGGCCUCGCUCGUGACGUCCCUCGCGACCGUGUCGGAACAGGCGCAGGUGAACGGCGCGCUGACGACGGACGCGGGCCGCAAGCUGCGCGCGCUCAAGAACCGGCUCGGCGAGUGGCGCGCGGAGGCGGAGGGCGCGGAGCGCAGCCGCGCGCGCAUCGAGCGCUGGGAGGCGGGCUUGCCGGCGGACGGGGCGGGAGGCGAGGCGCCGGCGCCGGCGCCGAUGUCGCCCGGGAACCUGAACGGCCGGAUCGUGGUGCGGAGGGUGGACGGGCGGAAACUGGUGGAGGAACAUCUGAAGGCGUUUGAGGUCGCGCUGCAGGAGGCGGGCGUGAAGACGCAGGCGAUACGGGCGGCGGUGGCGGCAUGAGCUUUUCGUCACUUGGCCGAGAGGGUGACCCGAGAUCUGCGGAGGAUACAGGAGGAGGAGAGGACAUCUUCGCUGGCUGUGUGUGUAUAACUGGUUUUUUUGAGUCUGAGCGCACGCUAUCUGGAAACGCAAAAAUGUGUUUUCUUUUUUUUGCAUAUAUGUUUAGGGU